AUGGCUCAAAAAACCAUCUUUGUGCAAACGGAUCCUUCCUUUGAUAUAGUUCUUCGAUCUUUGAAUGAGCUGAAUGCCCAAAGACGCCUGCAAGUCACGCAUCAUCAAACUGCAGUGAUACCGCGAAUCCGAAGCAAUAACCCGCAUGACGACAACAGAUGUUUAUUUGGCGCAGAAAAUGAAAGUUGUAUUCAAUCGUUUGCACGUACCGCCUCAGCAGUUGCACGAAUGUGUAUGUUACGGGCGACAAACGUCGAUGAAAAGCAUUGGCCGAAGAUUGGAGCUCUGUCUGAGUCAAGAAACAAGGCAACGUUGCAUUAUCAAGAGCAAAACCAAGCGCAUGGAGGGAAUUUCACACUGGCACAGACCCCGGCUCAGGCAAAAAGGUAUUACAGCAAGUACGACCAUCUCUACCCACACUUUCUCAUUGAACAUGAAUUCAGGUCCGUAGGAGCAAAUCAUGAAGUAUUUUUACCCAGUAUGAUGUUGAUAAUCGACUCCGAUUUCACUCAGGUCGUUGAGAUUACUACAACCUUUCGCGCUAAACGACUUCCUGACGUAAUAAAUCUGUUUCAAGGCUACAUCCAUGUGGUCUGCAUCGUGCGUUCAAUAAACAACCUCGAGGGCAAAAGUGACGAGGAAUUCACACAGCUUCUGAGACGUUUUGUACAAGGAGAUUCAGAUGGCAACCGCUUUUCAGUCAAGAAGGAGUAUUUUGAAGUAUUAAGCAAGGCAACUAAGAAGAAAGGUUUGAAACUUCCUGAUCUUUUUGAAAACCUGAACAUCUGCAAACUAAAAAAGGAAGAAGAGAGUGAAGAAGAAGAUGAUGAAGAAGAAGAUUUGUAA